ACCCACUACUGAAAUAUCUUUGGAUCAACCAAGUUAUUCAAAUGAUCCAAAUAAUCCGUGGAAUUUGGUCACAAAAUACUAUACAGUAAACCAGGAUGGCUCUGUUAAUGAAAAUCCUUUUCUUAUUGAAUCUCCAAAUACAAGUACAAAUAUGUUUUCAACACUAAUAUCUGCAAUUUUGGCAGUUUAUAUUAUGCUUACAGGAGAUACAAGUUCUUUGUCUCCUUGGGCUCUAAAUGAUGAUAUAACUUUAACUAUCUUAGUAGUUAUAUUUUCUUUUUUUACAACAAUUUAUUUAAUGAAUUUGUUUAUUGGGUUACUUAGUGAUGCAAUAAAUGAAACCAACAACAAAGAAUACUUUUUAAUUCAAAGGGCUGAGGUUUUAACUGAGAUCGAAUUAUUUUAUAUGUUACCAUAUCAAAGAAGAAAACAUAAUUGGUUUCCAAAUAUUAUUUUUUAUGAAGCCCAUGUACAUAAACUUCGUGAUCUAAUUAGAGACAUUCAAAAUGAUAAAUGGUUAACUUUAGAAAAACCUCAGAUUUCUUCUUUACUUUUAAAAAUUAUUAAUAUAGAAGAUGAAUCUGAUACUGAAAUUAGUCAAAUUAAAAAACAAUUAGAAGA